ACAAAUUGCGUUAUCAAAUAACUUUAAUUACACCAAUUUGGAAUUAUCCCGUGUUGGUUAAUUAUUUGUGGGUGUUUUGCCCCCGCUGAAAAUCCUGAAAUAUGCGCUAAGUCUGCAGCAUCCCGGUAGGCGUUGAGUCAGUCGUCGUUCGCGAGGCGCGAGAGGAGGGCGUCGCGACGCUCCUGAAACGCCGUUUCGUCGCGAAUUUCAGUUUUUCAGUGCUUUUCUGUUUCAGUUUCGGCGAGCUUGCGGCGUGCGAUUAACUGCUAGUUUUUCCACCACAAAAUGUUAUGGAUGGGGAAAAUCGCAUCAUUCUCAACGUUGGCGGCAUCCGCUACGAGACGUACAAAGCAACCUUGAAAAAAAUCCCAGCUACUAGAUUAUCACGCCUGACUGAAGCCCUGGCCAACUACGACCCCAUCCUCAACGAGUAUUUCUUCGACCGGCAUCCGGGCGUGUUUGCACAAAUACUCAACUAUUACAGAACUGGUAAGUUGCAUUAUCCAACCAACGUGUGCGGCCCUUUGUUCGAAGAGGAGCUGGAGUUUUGGGGGUUGGACUCGAACCAGGUCGAGCCCUGCUGCUGGAGCACGUACAGCGUCCAUAGGGACACCCAGGCCACUCUCGCCAUUUUGGAUAAGCUCGACAUAGACACAGAGCGGCCGAGCGAUGAGGAAGUGGCUCGAAUGUUUGGCUAUGAGGAGGCUUAUUUUAACGGAACUUUGACGACGUGGCAGAAGUUUAAGCCGAAAAUUUGGGCGCUUUUUGAUGAGCCGUACUCGUCGUCGGCGGCUAAGGUACCGCCGAUCAACGUCCAACACCGAAAUAUCGUCGCCGGAGCGUCAGUUUUCUUCAUCUGUGCUUCGGUCCUCUCCUUCUGCCUCAAAACCCACCACGGCUUCCACGUCGACUGCGACAAGAUCCGCAGAAACGUCACCGACGACGCCAACUGCACCGACCCGCACCCGUACUUCCUCACAGUGGAGCACAUCUGCAACGCCUGGUUCACCUUCGAGUUCGUCGUCAGGCUCAUUGUGGCUCCUAACGUGGUCGAAUUCGUAAAAUCCCCCGUCAACAUCAUCGACUUCGCCGCCACUUUGAGUUUCUACGUCGACAUGAUCCUCAUCUUCGAGAAGAAAUCGCAACUUUUGGACUUUUUCAGCAUCAUCCGAAUUUUCCGUCUCUUCAAGCUCACUCGUCACUCCCCCGGCCUGAAAAUCCUCAUCCAUACGUUCAAGGCGUCGGCCACCGAGCUGGGAUUACUGGUGUUUUUUCUAGUUUUGGGAAUUGUGGUGUUCGCGAGUUUGAUUUUCUACGCCGAGAAGCUGGAGGAGAAUCCCAAAAACAAUUUCAAGAGCAUCCCGGAGGGAUUAUGGUGGGCUAUCGUGACCAUGACCACGGUGGGCUAUGGUGACAUGGUCCCGAAAACCUACGCUGGGAUGUUCGUUGGGGCUUUGUGUGCCCUUGCUGGGGUUCUGACUAUUGCACUCCCAGUCCCGGUCAUCGUUUCCAACUUUUCCAUGUUUUAUUCACACACCCAGGCUAGGUCUAAACUCCCGAAAAAACGCAGAAGAGUCCUUCCAGUCGAACAACCGCGGCGAAAAAAAGUCGAGACUGCGACAAAUCGACGAAUGAACGCAAUCAAACAUCAUCAUCCUGCCGUUUUUAAAGAUGCGUUCGGUGGCGCCAAAUUAGGAAACGUGAACGGAGUUAACGUCAUCGGCUUGGCCCUUCAAGGCCCUUCCGUCCCUAGCAUAGCAGUCCUACAUCACAAUGGACCUUACAAUUUACAAGGCGGCGAGCCUGUUCCAUCCCUUCCACUACAACCGCGCCCCGCCACGACGGGUAGCGUCGACAUGCUUCCCCUCCAACCCAAAUACCUCCCGAAUUUCGAUCGGGAAUCGCGAUCCGAACCUCGCGAAAUUCCCCCAAGACCCGAUGCGAGUCCUUUAAAGUCUACCGAGGCCGAAAUCGGCCUCGCCAGCGUCCCGGCAAUGGCAAUCGGGAGUUCCACCGAAGUUCUUUUCAGCAUUGUCGAGAAUCAGGCUGGUUUUCGGCGCAAUUCGUUCCUAGCACCGAAAAGUCCCGAUUGUGAAGUGGUAAAAUCACCGAGUACUGAAAUGACGACGUCAAUGGAGUCGAACGGAAGUGACCGGAAGUAAUUUUUGUCUUUUGUCGAUUUUUCAAGCACGAUUUCCUGCAAACACUCGGCCCUUGCAACCUUCGAUGUUUCGAUGUGUUUUGUGUUUCAGGAGGAGAGGCGUGCGGAGGGAAUGCUCAUUGUAAUUAGGAGAGUAUUUUUAUAAUAACCUUUUUCAUUGUUGGAUUAAUAAAUGCUUUAUCAGUCUACGACAGGUUUCGUGUUUUUAUUCAACAAAAACUAACGAAAAAAAACAUUAUCCUUAGUUGCACACUUAAAUAACUCAGAUAUAACCAUUCAUUAUAACUCUCAAAUGUCACACAGUUAUACAAUGUGUGUUAGAAUGAUUUUCAUCUAGUUGUCAUUGAAUUUGUAAUGUAAAAUCUAGAUGAGAAUCACUUAAAAACACAUUAUAACCACCUUAUCUAACCGAGUAACCGUUAUCUAUGCGUGGUUAUAUUGCGGUUAUAUAACGACCUUUAUACCUCCGUUUAUGUUUCAUUAUCUAACUUUUAUCUAGGCGUGGUUAUGUUGUGGUUAUACAAAUAUAACUGUCAUAUAACUUUUGCUAUAUACGUGUGAAAUAACCAUGGUUAUAUAACCGAUAUAUACAAUAUCAAACAUACGCUAUAUUGAAUAAGAAACUGUUAUUUAACCGUUAUAUAACCGUGGUUAUGUACGCCAGAUAUGACCACAGUUAGAUUAUAUAAAAUUAGUCUAACAUAACCAGUGAUUAGGUUUGUGUAUUGUGGUUAUAUAACCGAAAUAUUGUAACCACGCUUAGAUAACCAAUAUAUAAAUUGCACUACAAACAUAGCAGUUAUAUAACUGUCAAAUAACUUUUGUUACAUACGUUUUAAAUAACCAUGGUUAGAUAACCGAUAUAUUCACUGAUUCAAGCAUACGCCAUAUUGCAUUACAAACGUAACUGUUAUCUAACCGUAAUAUAACCAUGGUUAUGUACGCCAGAUAUGACCACAAUUAAAUUAGUCUAACAUAACCAGUGGUUAGGUUUGUGUAUUGUGGUUAUAUAAUGUUAUGUAACCAAAAUAUUGUAACCACGCUUAGAUAACCGAUAUAUAAAUUGAAUCUAUAUUGCACUACAAGCAUAGCAGUUAUAUAACUGUCAUAUAACUUUUGCUAUACACUUUUAAAAUAACCGUGGUUAGAUAACCGAUAUAUACACUGAAUCAAGCAUACGCCAUAUUGCAUAAAAUACCUACUGUUAUGAAAACGUAAUAUAACCAUGGUUAUAUAGCCGCAAUAUAACUCAGUGCUACCAGAAAAAAGUAGUGCACUUUAAUUAAUUUUGAUUAAGACUGUUAUCAGUCUGAGUGAUUGUUUCCUUUUUAAAUUCCUUCGAUAAGAGAUAAGAUAAGUCCCGAUUUGUGAUUUAUUUUAUUGUUCGAUUUGCGAAGACAAUGACAUAUCGUGGUCACACCAACGUUGAAAUGGAAACAAAAGAACUCCCAGAUACACCAGAGCCUGUCAAAGAAGACUACUGGACAGUCCAAGAACUCGUUUGGGGAUUUUUUAUUAUUCUAGUGACAAUUAUCGUCGUUUUGGCGGUCGGAUAUUCAAUAUCUUUCCAACUCCCACAAGAAAAACCAGUGUAACCAACUCAAACUGUAAAUAAAGUUAUUUCGUAAUUUUUU